AUGCAGGGACCGAUCACCACACCACUGACAGGCGUGCUCAACUGCCAGCAUCCAAUCAUGCUGGCAGGCAUGGCACAGGUCUCUGGCGGACGUCUCGCCGCGGCCGUGGCCAACGCCGGUGGAUUCAGCGUCGUGGGCGGCUACGAGUGCACGCCGGAGCAGCUCCGCGAUGCGAUUGCGGACAUGAAGCAGCGUUUCACAUGCCCCAACCUCCCUUUUGGCGUGGCCGUGGCGAUACCAAAGUGCGGCGGCGGCGCGCGCAAGACAAACAGAGACGUCGGCAGGCUUGACGAGCUCAUCGACAUGGCCAUCCACAGCGGCGCCAAGCUCUUUGUCAGUACGGCGGGCGUACCCCCGAGAUACAUCAUUGACCGGCUACACAACGCGGGUGUGCUGGUCAUGAACCUGGUCGGCCACCCGAAGCACGCGGUCAAGGCACUCGACGCGGGCGUUGACAUGGUGUGCGCGCAGGGCAAGGAGGGCCGCGGCCACACAGGCAACAUCCCCACGUCGAUCCUGGUGCCGGCAGUGGUCAGCGUCGCCCGCCGCUACACGCCGCCGCUGCUGGGCGGAUCGGCGGCGCUCGUGGUAGCUGGCGGCGGCAUCGCCAGCGGGCCGGGCUUGGCCGCCGCGCUGAUGCAGGGCGCCGCGGGCGUCUGGGUGUGCACGCGGUUCGUGGCGUCGGUUGAAGCGGAUGUCCCAGACGCGGCCAAGCAGGCCAUUGUCGACUGCGACUUUGAAGGCACGGAGCGCACGCUGGUGCUCACGGGCCGGCCGCUGCGGAUGCGCGCCAACGAAUACAUCAAGGCAUGGCACAGCCGGCCCGACGAGAUACAGCGGCUUUGCGGCGAGGGCGUGGUGCCAAUGGACCAUGAUAAGCGGGCAGGGAGGCCGGUCGAGAUUCCGGUGCUGAUGGGUGAGGUCGCCGGCUCGAUUACGGUGAUUUUGCCGGCAAGGCAGAUCGUGCAGGACAUGGUUAGGGAAGCGACGGAGAUGCUCAAUCUGGGACGCGUUUAUCUUGGCGAGCGCAGCAAGUUGUAG